CCUCUCUUCACUCCUUUCCUGGUGAGGGAGCCUGAGCCGCUCCACACGCACAUGGGGGCACCUCUCUCCCCAGAGGGCGGCGGCCAGAGCCGCGGGGUCCCUUCGGCUCUCUGACGCACACGGGGUCCAGUCCCUGGUUCUUCACGCCAGCAGGACCGGAUGUGGUGAAGGACCCCUUUUGCCCUUUUGCAUCAGCUAGGGUAGGGCACGCUGUCCUCGUUGGCGGCACUGGCGUCUCCCGGGUCCCCAGCGCUCUUUCGGAGAUAACGUGCGCAGCCCAGGUGGCGUCGGGAGGCCCGGAAACCAGCUUCAGAGUCAGUGCUGGGGAGUCCCACGGGCCGAGCCGCACACCACUCAGACUUCACCCAGAUUUCAUGUUCAAAGAGGACUUCGAAGCAGCUUGAAACACCGUCCUGACCCGGUAUUUCUGUCUGUCGUGUUUUCUGGGUGUCUGAAGUUGUGCGUCGGUGAGAUUCUGCUUUUGGCCUAAGAUUCUCAGCACGUGCGCUGCAGCGAAGCACACGUUCGGCGUUUGUCGGGGCCUGGAGCUCCUCGCAGGCUUGGCGGGGCGCUGGCGCCCCAGAGCCCCGCUCGUGGGGAGGGCUGGUGCCUGUCAGUGUGGUGCACCGAGAUGCGUGCCGACGGCCUGCCGUGUGCAGUGGUGCCCCGCUGAGCAGAGCCAGCCUGGAGGACUCAGCCCCCGGGUGGGGUUGGACGGAGCCUUCGGGCGGGGGGCCGAGCAAGGGGGCCAGCCCUGCGGGAGGCCCAUGCUGCUGUGGGUGUGAGCGGCUCAGUCACGUGUGGGUCACGUCAGUUUGGGAGGCUUAGUGAGCGGGCCAGGAGAGAGCGGCCUGGGCUGGAGUGGGUGGUCGGGGGACGGGCAGGUUCCAGGGUGCUUCAGGCAAGGUCUGCACCAGAGAUGGCAUGUGAGUGGCCAGGGGUCUGGUCGCCAGGGCGAGGGAAAGAGGCUGAGCUGGUGACGGGUCCAGAGGAGACCUGAGUGUCUGUGAGGCAGGAGCCCCCGCCGAGGGGUGGGAGACGCCAUCUGCGAAGGGGGGGGCCUGCUGAGUGCACUGUCCAUCUGGGUGUCGGCCUUGAGAUCCAGCAGCUGCACACGAACCCGCAGUCUGUCCCCAACACUGAUGCUGUGAGACUGGAGGAGAGCCCAGGGGUCUGGAAUCCAGGGCCCCAGGCUGCACAGCGGCUGCCACACGCUGGGCUCUGCCAAGUGCACUCCGGGUGGCAUGGCGUCAAGGAGAGGCUCUGCUGCCCAGGGUCGGGCCCAAGCCCCCACUGCUGUCACCCCAUCCUUCUAGUGGCGCUGUCUGGAAACAUGAUUUCCAGGCCCCUCCUAACCCACAGUUCGUCGGGCUCUGUGGGAGCGGGGCCUGUCCUCUGCUCUGUGCAGUGUGACCCGUGGGAGGUUCCUGUGUUCCGUACACAUAGGUCCUGUAGGGCCCCCCGCUUCCCCUUGCCCAGAAGGGCCAGAGUUCUGAAGUCUGCCCCAGCAGACAGACUGAGGUGUCUGAGGAGCGCCGUGUGUCCUCAGGGUAACCCGGGCCCAGUCCUCGUGCGUGUGAAGGGUCCCUGUGUGGAGGUGGGGCUGUGGUUUAUGGGGGGCUGCACGGCAGCUCCCGGGGGUCCUUGGCUCCAACUUGGACCGUGCUGUUUUGUCGCUUCUGCAGAUGUGGUCCUGUGUCUCAGGUGUGUCGGGCAGAGAGUAUCUUCUGUGACCUCGAGUCUCCCCUCCCUACAGUGCUCCCGCUCAUUUCCUGGGGGCCACAUAGGUCCCAUUUGUCCCUAAAACGCAGCACUGGAAGGAGGAGGUAGGCCCAUGGGGAGCUGGAGAAAUGUCCUCGUUCAGGAGCUGAUGGAAGAGCCGUUGCUGACGAGCUAGGGAGGGAGGGCCCUGGUUGCUGUGACCCCGUCACGAAAAGGGCGUCACACCUUCUCGUCCCUCACGCUCCCUGGCUUAUCCGCUAUUGCCUCAUCUUGAAUCUCUCUCAUUUAUGUCUGUGACCUGCUUUCUUCGUACUCCUGUUGCCUCUUUUCAUUAAUAGCAUUUUAGAAUUCAAAGUGCACUUUGUUCUUUGUCUUUCGAUCUUUGAAAAUAAAGUGAUGGCAGUGGGACCCUAGGAAAGGCUCUGUGUUCCCUGACGGGUGUCCCGUUACUUAGUGUUUGUCCCUAGUCCUGCUACUUAAUACACUGAGCUUUACCAACACAGAAGUCGGUCUUCCGAUGUCCUUUUUCUUCUUUUCUUUUUUUUGCAGGCGGCUCCCCGAGUGAUGCAGAAGGAGAAGUGGGACCUUCUGGCCCAGAGAAGCCCGAGGUGUCUGAGAGUUCUGAGCUGCCGAGUGAGCUUCCGGCCAACAUCAGAAGAAUACCUCGGCCUGGGAGUGCGAGACCAGCACCUCCCCGGGUGAAGCACCAAGACAGUGUGGAGGCCCUGACGCCAGACAGGACAGGGAGUGGUAAACUCGUUGCCAGUGUGAUUGUAGAUGCGCAGAACUCUGACAAUGAGGAAGACGGUCAGUUUGUGGUGGAGGCUGCCCCCCAGCUUCCUGAGAUGUCAGAACUGGAAAUGGUCCCUGUAGUAGACGUGGAGGCCGAGGAGAAGCACGGAGGACUUGUGAAAAAAAUUCUGGAGACCAAGAAAGAUUAUGAGAAGUUGCAGCGGGCGCCCAGACCUGGAGAGAAGGAGAAAUCGCUUGUCUUUGAGUCAGCGUGGAAGAAGGAGAAGGACAUCGUUUCCAAGGAGAUCGAGAAGUUACGUGUGUCCAUCCAGACCCUGUGCAAGAGCGCGCUCCCCCUGGGGAAGAUCAUGGACUACAUCCAGGAGGACGUGGACGCCAUGCAGAACGAGCUGCAGCUGUGGCACAGCGAGAACAAGCAGCACAGGGAGGCCCUGCAGCAGGAGCAGAGCAUCACGGAUUGUGCGGUGGAGCCCUUGAAGGCUGAGCUGGCCGAGCUGGAGCAGCUGAUCAAGGACCAGCAGGACAAGAUCUGUGCUGUCAAGGCCAACAUCCUGAAGAACGAAGAGAAGAUUCAGAAAAUGGUGUACAGUAUCAACCUGAGUUCGAGAAGGUGAAAGCUCACACGUUUCCAAAGCUGGAAGUCCUCCUCAGUCUGAAAAUAAAAAGGAAGAUAGAACGUCACUAUUCUCUAAGUUCAGUUUCCUAAGAAAAUGAAGUUCUCCGUGUCCUCCGUCCAAAGUGCAGAGCUUUGAAAGCGCAGGCACGUCUGUGUGUAGAGGGGCCGGGUUCUCUCCCCUUCCUCCAGCGGGAGCAUUGCCUGCCGUGCGGCGUGUUCUCUGCGUCUCGAGGUGGCCUGUCCUGCUCAGGUCUGUGCCAGAAUUCGCUAGCAGGCACGUGCAGGUGGCACGCAAGGGAUGCGACACCCUCGGUUUCAGGUUUUAGGUCUGGUGACGGGACCCUGAGGGGAGCAGAGUGAAGGAUGGCUCCCUUCUGAUGGGCACUUACAAACAGAAUGGGGCCUGAGUAUGAGUCUGCUCUAUUUUGAGUUCAUUUCCCCUCCGAAAGGGUUCAUUUCAGUCUGUAUCUUGAUAAGGUUCACCUGAGGUUUUUUUUUUAAAGCUCUUUGCAACUGUGUAUAUCUCUUUGUCAUUUUCUCAUUGGUCCCUACGGCCUCUUGCUUGUGUUUGCAGCCUUAAAGUUCAUAAAUUGAAGGAGAUUUCAGUAUGUCCUUCAGGGACAUUCGGCCCCAGGGUUUUCCCCAUGUGGGUAGCAGUGAGCUGCUCCAGGCCUGCGCUCGCCUUCCCCCAGUGGCCUGGGUGUCUUUCCUAAUCCUUCCCAUUAGAUGUGCAUUCCCGAGAGGCGGGCGGCUUGGGGCAAACAGCUGAAGGAAGACUUUGGGGGAUGGGCCAAUUAGCAACAUUUUUUUGAUGUUACUGUUUUUUUGGAAAUUGUUUUUUACAGCAAGGUUUUUUUUAGAACAUGGUUUAAGUUUUUCACUCACAUAUGAUACUGUAAAUACUUAAUGAAAGUCUUAAGUUUGUAUAUAAAGGAACCCAGUGUUUGGAGACAUACAGAUCAUAAGGUCUGGGUCCUCAUACUGUUAUUUCUAGAUAUUUAUGGUGUGAACCACGCCGUGCCAUUUAAAUGUUAGAAUUGCCUGAGAAAGUUCUGCUUCUUUAAGGCUUAGCACAAAUGUUCAGGUUAGGUUUCCUUACUGUAAUUUCCAAAAGAAAUCCUUUUCUAAGGUGGUUAUAUGAUUCUUCCAAGCUGAGUAAGUUCAGGAUCAGAUUAUGAAGCUCUGCCAUUUUGACACAUUGGCCACUUUGUCAUUUCUACCACUCAGCAUAAAAUUUUUGAUAGAUUGCACUAAACGCAUUAUUGGAGGUGGGAGGGGUGUCCAUUAACUAGCCCUCCAUGUACUCGUCUCUUUUCUUCUGAAUUGAAUGACUUAGCCACAACCCAAUGGACUGUUUUUGCUUCAAGAUGUGUUUGCUUUUUAUGAUUUGUACAUACGAAUAGGAUUUUUGUGUUGCAAAGAAAAAAUUGCAUACAUUUUAUGUGAGUAAAAUUUUGUACGAAGUAGUUUAUUAAAUUGUAUCAUAAAAUUUAUUUUUAUUUUAUACAUAAAUCAUUAAAAACAAUCACAUAUUUUUUCUAUAAGUAUAUGGGUUGUGCGGUUCAGUUCACAGCUGGAGAAAACAUAAGCAUUUGGAUUUUUGUAUUUUCAAACGUGUAUAUUUUGUUUUCCUUGUGAAGAAAGUUCAGGGAAAUUUAUCUUUUCAUUCAUAUCGUGACAUUUAUCCAUCUUCUGUAUAAAGUGAAGUUUUAUAAGACAGAUAAGCAUUUGUCAGAAACUUCAAGAUCAUUCAUGAAGUUUUAGGCAGUCUCUCUGAUUAUUAUGGUAUCUUUAUCAGACACGAUGAGUCCUGAUGUUAUGUAUUACUUUGAGAAAAUCCACAAGGGGGUUAUUAAACCUUUACCUCUACUUUGGCUUGGACAUUUCCAGGAAGUACUGAAGUCUCCCUGCAGGAAUUUUAAUUGAAAAGUUGAGCUGACAUUAAUUUAUAUUCAAAGAAAAUGUGUAAACCUUAGGGGAAAAAAAAUUCAGGACUAAAAUGUGAGCUUUCUGCUUUGAUAUUCAUGCUUAUUUUUCUUUUCAGUAAGCAACUUAAACAAUGUUCAUGACCAAUCUGUGAUGAGAAAUGAUAUCACUUUGUGAUGCGGAGUGCGGUUAGGAUGUUGGGUGGUCCAGAGUCCCAUCCUGCGCCCCGACAGGCGCCCCCGAAGCAUGCUUGCGCUUCUUGGCUGAGCUGCACCGAGCUGACUGCAUCUGUCUGCUGUUGGUGUGUGGGGUCAGGGCGUGUGACUGGGAGCAAGGGCAGCAGGGCCUGGACCAGCCUGUGAGCAAACACAUGGAUGUCCGUGGUCACAGGGAUGACCAGUUGCUGGAGCUUCCACGAGAAUCGGCUUCAAAGGAGGCCAUGUACAACAAGACCAUGCCCACUGCGAGGGAGGAUAUUCCACACAGACUCUGCGCCCAGCUCCAGAAUCUUCCACACACACCCAGGAUGCCUCCCGAGGAGCCAACCACAGCCUCGUGGGCAGGCUUCCGUGCGGUCCACCGUAGCAGAGGGUGGGAGUGAGAUGGGCGGUUGUGUGAGCUGCUGAGGCGGGGCAGGGGGCAGCGCCCCUGUCAGGACCAGAGGGGAAAUGCGUCCUGCCCUUGGGCUCUGAGUUGAACUGUCCCAUGAUGCACUUUAUUAAUAAACGUUUUCUAUUUUCCCAAAA